CUACCUUUGUGUACCUAUUUAGGAUACAUCACCAUAAAGAGAAUGACAUUCAUAUCCAUAAUUAUGUAUUUAUGUGUGGUACAGAUCAGAGGCCCAUGAUGAAAUUCCAUUACCGCAAUUAUGUUACUGGGUGUAAAUCCACUUCACUUACUGUAGUUCAAUAACCAAAAGAGAUUUUUUCAAACUCAAGGUGUCAUGUAAUAGCUGACACCCCAUUCUUUCUGCAGACGUUAAUGGCGUAAUAUUUGAGUGGGCUUGGAAGGGGUUGCAGUGGUGCUGAAGCAUACACUUACGUUUUUAUUUCCUGCCUCAAAACCCAUGUGUUUCCUGUGCUUUAUGGUGAGUUGGUGCUCAUAUUAACUGCAGAGCCACAACAGCUUUCUAUUGGUUACGGGCCUUACUCAGGGUCUGGUGCACUUUAUACAAAGGAAAUUGAUGUGUGUGGGAAAGAGCUCUGGUGCUGUGAUGGCACACUUGCCUCAGUGAGACUUGGUACUUGGCUAUUGUAAUGACCUCUGCCACUACUACACAGACCUUUGACUUGCACCAAAAUACAUUUCAGAAUUAUUUGCAUUACCUGCACUUCUCUGAUUCAGAGGGGUUGGGUUAAAUGCAGAAGACACAUUUCGGUUGAAUGCAUUUAGUUGUACAACUGACUAUGUAUCCCCUUUCUCUUUCCCUUACUACGAUAAUUGCAUUCCUUAAUAGGCUACAUGCUAAACAUCUACCUAGUGCUUUUACUAUGUUGUUGUGUAGCCCUAAAUGGAAAUUCCUCGGCAGUGGUCUGGGUCAUCUGUCAGUCGGCUGCAAUGUUGUUCAUUUGCAAGGGAAACUCGUUUGAGUGUGACGCCACUGGCCACUUUUGCCGCUGGCAGAAUGGUUUUGUGGAGUCUAUUAAAAUGGAAUGCAUGGCAUCUCUUUUCCGGGGAGUGGCACUGCAUGGCAUGGUACUAUUAUGCCAUGGUCUUGAGUUCUGAAAAGAGAUGGCUUGAACCUGAAAGUCAAUGCUGGAUCUGGAUUGGCCUGUCACUGUUUACAGUGUGUGAAAUGUUACCUUCUCGCAAUACAAGAUGGCACACACGCACAAACAUGACUUAUUUUAGAUGUAAGCAUUCCAUAAAAUGUUCCUUCAUCAAAAGUACUGCAUGUACCCACAAAUCUUUAGCAUUUCAAGUGACAUUUUAUCCAAUACAAAGAUGCCUACAUUGUUUAGUUUGAAAAUGCCGUACGUGCUGUAUUAUGUAAUAUUAGGCCAUUCAAUUCAUAAAAACUGUGAUUUUAGCUGUCCUAAAUCCCUGUAUAUAGUAGCUGGCUGACUGAAUUGCUCCUUUUAGCCAAGGUUUCUGGACAGGCUGGCCAGCCAGGGUAAUUGGCAAGCCGUGCCCCCUCCUUUUGCUUUGAAGGAUUAGAGUAGACAUUUUUCCCAUAUGGCCCAUGUGACCCUCUUUCCACUAGUGCUCAGCAUAAGAGAUGCAGAGUGUCUUGCUCUCAAUGUGAGUGUGCAAUGCUGCUCGGUGAACUACUUUCUCUGUUCACUCUUUAUUCCAAUGAAAAAACACACUGGCUCUAGGUCCCGCACUCGCUCGCGCUCCAGAUCUCAUUCUCCAUCCCACAAUAAUCGAGAGCGGAACUACCCAAGGGAGUACCAGAAUAAUAACCGCGAGUUCCGGGGCUACCACCGAGGCUUCCGGAGGCCCUACUACUUUAGAGGCCGAGGGCGUGGCUACUUCCCACGGGGGCGCUUCCAGAGGGGUGGGGGAGGCGGCUACAAUAACAACUACCGUCCCAAUAACUGGCAGAACUACAGGCAGCACCCCCAACAGCAGCAGCAACAACAGCAGCAGCAACACCCCCACCCCCACAGCCCGAGACGGGGACGAUCCCGUACCCCUAAAAAGCGCUCUGGUAGCCCUCGUUCCCACAGCCACUCCAAGUACUCGGACCGCUCUUCCUCGCCCCGAUCCCGGCGCUCCCGCCACUCCUCUUCCUCGCAUUCUUCCUCUCCCACACGCAGGUCAGGCUCCGGGUCGGCCACGCAGAACUCUAAGGAUGUCAAGGAGGAGCGUUCUGCCUCCAAGGAGGUCCAGAAGAGAGGAGGAGGAGGAGGAGGAGGAGGAGGAGGAGAUGGCGAGCCCGUGGAGAUCACAGGAGGGUCUGCAGGGCCUGAUGGGGGCGCCGGUGGGGACAAGCCCAAGGCUAACUGGCAGGGCAUGACGGAUCACAGCAAUAGCACCAGCCCCAAGAGGUCAAGUCCUCAGGUGCGCUCAGCUGUUAUCAUUGGUCAGGGCGCACCAGCGACGACCCAGGCUAGUCCCUCUCCUAACAGCACUAAUGCUAAUGGCCCCGAUUCCAAUGGUGCCCCCUCAUGGCAGACACAGACGGUGGGCAGCUCGCCUUCCACCAAAAGCCCUUCUCAGAAAAGCCCCACACCUGUGUUCUCUGGCUUUGGCGUCUUCUCUAAAGAGGACAACCUGGCAGGCGAUAAAGCAGCUAUGUUCAAAAGGUUCUUGGAAGUGCACAAUCAUAAGAAAAAGCAGUCCGGGUGGGAGAAUGGCAGAGAGAUGGAAACCAAUGGUGGGGAUGUGGAGCGGGAGAAAGGGAAUGGCAUGAAGUCCUCUGGGGGCAUCUUUGACAGAGAGCUCGACAAAGGGGAGAAGGAGAAGUACAAGUACAGGGAAGACUUUGACGAUGAGGGAAAUGUGUCGUUGAACAGCUUCUUGAAAGCCACCCCUUUCUUUUCCUGCGAUGGUGAGGAAGAGGACGAGGAGAUGAUACUCAAGCCCCGUCCCAAGGUGCUCCGCAAAGACCGUGACCGGGAGGACGACGAUUCGCCCAAGCUCAAGAGCAAAGUCACCCUCUCGGCCCGCAAGCUAUUCGAGGAGCGCUUCGGCAAGUGGGAAGACCUGGCCUACUUGCAGGUGGCUGCCAAAGAUGACGAUCUUGACGCCAUGGCAGAGGAGAUUUACCGCAGCCGGAAGCAGGAGAAGGCGGCGGCCAUAGCUGCAGCACUGGCCAAGAGAGAGGCCAUAGCGGGCAUGCUCAGAGGCUUCUCCCCGGACAACGUCAGCAAAGGCAGGAGGAAGGAGAAAGCUGCCUCCAGCCCGUCCCCCACACCCCCACCACGGAGGAACUCUGACCGAGAGAUGUUCAUGGUCAAGGGGGAGGACUCUCCCCCAAGGGCCUCUGGGAAAAGAGGAGCGGAGUUCAGUGUCAGAAUGGAUUCCCUCAGAGAUGACGUAGCAAGAUCCUCUGGUGUUAUGGUUGGUGAGCGAAGGUUAUCACGGGAACUUGUGCAUCCUACUAAAAAGGAGCAGGGGUUUCACUCUAUCUUCCAGCACAUUCAGGCCACAGAGUUACAAAGGAGUCCCUUAGAGCUGUUUUCACAGCACAUUGUCACCAUCGUCCACUACAUAAAAGCACAGCACUUUCCAUCCAACGGAAUUACUCUAAAUGAGCGAUUUGCCAUGUACCAAAGAAGAGCUGCGGAAAAGGAAAUGAUGAAGCCAAGAAAGAGCCCAGAGAUACACAGGAGAAUUGAUGUUUCUCCCAGUGCUUUUAAGAAACACUCUCACCUGUUUGAGGGAAUGAAAAACUCCGGGGAUGGCAGUUACAAGGACGAAGGUAAAAACAUUAAGGGUGACUCAAUGGACCUUCGUCUGGAUAUUGAGCGCCGUAAAAAAUAUUCCACCCGGGAGAGAGAUUAUAAACAGGAUGGGGGGAGAGAUUCAGGAGACUCCCCAGAAGCUAGCAGGGAGAGGUCCGCUGAGAAAUCCUCCAAGCACCACAAGAAGUCCAAGGGUUUUGGUCCCUCAACCUCUUCCUCCAGGAAAAACAAGAAGAAGCGAUCUCGCUCUCGCUCCUCCUCUUCCUCUUCAUCUGCCGAAUCUCACAGGGGAGGAGACUACCCCCACGAAGGCUUUAACAAGGCCAGGCUGGGGCCUCGGGGGGACUAUGGUGGCCCCAUGGAGAGGGGACGAGGACGCGGAGGUUUUCAAUUUAGAAUAAGAGGAAGGGGCUGGAACAGGGGAAAUUACCAGGGAAACAAUACCACCAAUGGUAAUCCCCCUAACAUGGACAUACCAGUUCACCCCAAGAAUGAGGACUGGGACCCAGAGUACACACCCAAGAGCCGAAAAUACUACUUGCAUGAUGACAGGGAGGGCGAGAGGAAGUGGGUGGACAACCGAGGACGUGGAGGACGGGGAAACUUCCUGCGUGGCAGCAGGGGCCGUUUCAUUAUCCGGAAGGCCACCGUUGGCCCACCCAACAACAACAACAACAACAGCAGCAGCCCAAAGUGGACACAUGACAAGUUUCAGGUCAACGGGGGGGAGGAGGAGGGCGAGCCCCAGGAGGAGGAUACAGAGCAGGACCACAAAGACCAGGAGAAGUCUGAAGACACUGUCCAAUAAGAAACUACCUGGACUUGUCCAAUAAGAAAAUACCCUGCUCUCAGCCUUUAUCCAUCACAAUGGCUGGACAUGGGAGAGUUUUGCCAGUGCACAAAUACACACAUUAGGAAUCAAUCAGUGCUAUUAAAUGGAGAACGCUGUAUGGUUUUAUUUCUGGGGACUCUCUUUGACACAAUACUUUACGCAACAUUAUGUUAUACUUUUGUCAGGGUAUAGCUAACUUGUGUUUUAUCUGCUUAUUGUAGAAACACUGUUAGACAGUGAACUGCUGUGUUGGAAUAGGAAAUAUACGUAACCAACCUCUGCGCUUGAUAGGUCAGCACUAUGAACAGUGCAUUGUGGGGUGUUAUGCCUCUUAGUACAGGGCUGCUGCAACAUUGCAUAUCACUUCUUCUUUUUUUUGUUUUUGCGAGAAAGUCUGAUGCAAGAAAGUCACACCUUUUUGCAGAGCAUGACAGGAGGAUAUUUUUGUGCCUUAGACUUGUUAAAAUAUGUCAGACACAUAUUUAUCUAAUUAAAUGACUUUUGAGGCCAAACAGAUUAAUACUAUACUAGAAGAGAAACAUUUUUAUAUUUAUUAUACCGUAGUGAUAAAUCGUACACUAUUAUACUGGAGAUAUAUUUUUAGACUAGUUUAGCCAUCAACCGGAGAAAAUGCAGUAUACUGUUGACUUUAGCAAGUUUUAGGAUUCAACUACGUAACCUACGUAGUUGAUUCAACUGCUAGUCCAGCAUCCUGCAAAUGACCCCUCUGACAAUGGGACCAAAUCAUAAAGGGUCAAAGGUUAUAUUCUACAGACAUGCACUGUGGAGUGACACAAGAUGCUCACAGUCCCCCAGAAGGGCAAACAGAGACUGUUAACUAAAAUGGCAUACCCUGUCUGCAAAGUCACAAUGGGCUACCUGGAUGUUUGUUAUCUUGUCUAGUUUGUUGAGAAUCCUAUAUUGGAUUUUUUUAUCUUGUACUUUUCAGAACUGUUAACUUGGUCUUGGGUUGGGUGUGUGUACUACUCACCAUUGGAAGUCUGUGCCUCAGAAUAUACCUUUGCAAAGUCAUUCAUUUAACUUUUGAUUAGGCGACACAAUUUGUAAUUAUUUGUAGCAACUAAUGCUUCCUUUGUAUGUUAAGAAAGAAUGGUGAUUGAUUAUAUCAUGGCAUUGAUUAGCUCAUGGGACACACUCAUGCUUUGAUGCGAUAGGUUUUCUUAAUUGAAUGGGGACUUCCCCCCUUGUGUAACGUCUUUUUUAAGUUUUGAUUGCUGAGUAGUAUGUGUGGGGUGCAACACAGUCAACUUUGGUUGAAUAUAAAAUAAAAUAAGUUCUAAGGUAUUUGAAUUUGAUCUGAAAUUAUUUGUGCUGUUCAAGAAAAUAUAGUUUGUAAAAAAAUUUGUAAGAAAAAGUAGGCUGUUGCACUAUUUGGAUAUGUAUGUCUUGCUGUGGGUUGCACUGCUCUAUAAUGUACAUGAUAUAUGUUGUGGUUGACACUCAUGUUACAUUUUAUGUGGUUGGGGGCAAUUACUUUUUUUAAUGGUUCCUGUAGCCAAUGUUUUUCAGAUGUAAAUUAAAAAGAACUUCUGGUUAAUUUAA